AAGGGGGUCGGAUUGAAAACAGAUCAGCAGCCCUGAUGAUCGCAGCACGGCCGCAUGUCUGCACAAGAAGCUCUUUUUAAGUCAACUUCAACCUUCAACCUUCAACCUCAAAGCUUUGAUCAAACUUCCUCGACUGGCAGCAGAAAGACGCGCCAAACAAGCCAAGCAAAGCGCGCAACUUUGUGGUGGAGAAGAUGGACGAUAAAAACGAGUUGGACGCCACUUUUUCUACUCUGCGUUAAGGAUAGCUGCAAACUUGUCGUCCAAACUUUUCCCCAACUUUGUACAUGGAGGUUGGCGUCAAGCUGAGAGACGCUCGUUUGCUUGCUGUGGCGGUACCGACCCAAUCCUGAAGGAAUCCUGCAACAGCCAAAAGUUGACACAAAAAGAGCGAGUGGGACGUCUUCAGCGUCGAGGUGAAAAGACCCUGCGGUGGAGCUGUUGAAGAUUAAAUGAGCAGCAUGGAGACUUCAGCUGCGACUGCCACUGAGAAGAAGGAGUCCAAGGGUCCUGGUUUAGAUGGAAGCAGCUUCUCAGAACUCCCAAAGAAGCCUUCACCCACCUCCAGAGGUGUUCAUCAUAUCUUCCCUACAUUUCACACACCUAUCCCAAUCGACAUGAGACACCACGAAGGGCGGUACCAUUAUGAGCCCCACCCGCUCCACACCAUGCAUGGAGCUACGGGACUUACAGGCAGUCCAGUUAUCUCAGAUAUCUCCUUGAUUCGUUUAUCACCCCAUGCACCGACUGGGCCGGGCGAGUCACCGUUCAGCCCUCCACAUCCAUACGUCAGCCCCCACAUGGAGCACUACCUACGCUCGGUGCACGGCAGCCCCACGCUCUCCAUGAUCUCUGCAGCACGAGGACUGAGCCCGGCCGAAGCAGUCACCCAUGAACACUUAAAAGACCGAUCCCUGUUCAGUCUCCCGCCACCACCACCUGGCGCCAACCCCACAGAAUACUACCAUCUGAUGGCCAGUGCCGGACAACGCAGUCCGUAUGGCGACCUUUUGAUGCAGAGCGGUGCAGCGGGUGCAGCGGCUGCAGCAGCAGCGGCAGCGGCGGCAGCAGCAGCGGCUCACCUACCAGAUUACAUCAGUCCUGUGGAUGUUUCACGGUUCUCCAGCCCACGGCUAACACCCCGACUGAGCAGGAAGAGGGCACUGUCCAUCUCUCCACUGUCAGAUGCGAGCAUUGACCUGCAGACGAUGAUCCGCACCUCACCCAACUCCCUGGUCGCUUACAUCAACAACUCCCGUUCCAGCUCGGCUGCCAGCAGCUCUUAUGGACACCUGUCGGUUGGAGGGAUCAGCCCCUCAUUCAGCUUCCCUCAUCCCAUUAAUCCGGUGGCGUAUCAGCAGUUGUUGUCCCAGCAGAGGGGUCUGAAUGCGUUCGGACACACUCCUCCGCUCAUUCAGCCGUCCCCGUCCUCGUUCUCGGCCCGCCAACAUCCCCUGGCCACGCCCCCGAUGCCCACCACCCACAACAGCACCAACACGGAAGCGAACCAGAACGCUAGUGGAGAUCCAGCAGUGAGCAGCACAGUCAACCCACUAAACUCAAAGAGGACAAAGGUUAAGCUGGAAGCGGAAGGCCCUCUGCCCAUCUCACCAACCUCUCAGGACCAGAGUGGAGGGAUGUUGGAUUUGAGUGAGGAUCUGGAUAAAGACGAGUGCAAACAGGAGCCUGAGGCCAUAUAUGAGACCAACUGCCAUUGGGAGGGUUGCACCAAGGAGUAUGACACCCAGGACCAGCUUGUCCAUCACAUCAACAAUGACCAUAUCCACGGUGAGAAGAAGGAGUUUGUGUGCCGCUGGGAGGAGUGUUCACGCGAGCAGAAGCCCUUCAAGGCCCAGUACAUGCUGGUGGUCCACAUGAGGAGACACACAGGCGAGAAACCACAUAAAUGCACAUUUGAGGGCUGUUCAAAAGCAUACUCUCGUCUUGAGAACCUCAAGACCCACCUUAGGUCCCACACUGGCGAGAAGCCCUAUGUGUGUGAACAUGAAGGCUGCAAUAAGGCGUUCUCCAAUGCUUCAGACCGGGCCAAGCACCAGAACCGCACACAUUCUAAUGAGAAACCAUAUGUAUGUAAAAUCCCUGGUUGCACCAAGCGCUACACAGACCCAAGCUCUCUCAGGAAACAUGUUAAGACCGUUCAUGGACCUGAAGCUCACAUCACCAAGAAACAGCGAAGCGAUGCUCCUCCAAGACUUCCGCCGCCUAAAGACAAUGGAGAGAAUGAUUUCCAUUCCAAGAAUGACACAGGAAGUGUGAAUGACACGAGCGACGCCAAAGGCACCUCUAGAAGCAUGGAAGACUGCCUAAAAGUCCAAUCAAUCAAGACUGAGAAUUCUAUAAUGUAUCAGUCCAGCCCUGGUGGUCACUCGUCAUGUAGCAGUCAGCCGUCACCUCUCAGUAGCAGCAACAACAACGACAGUGGGGUAGAGAUGGCUAUGCACAGUGGGGGCAGCUUCGGAGACCUCAGUGCGCAAGACGAGUGCCCCAUGGUUGACUCCACCGUUCCUACCGGGGGCCAGCAGGCUGGGUUUGGGCUCCAGUUAAGGAAAGCAGUGGGUCAUAGUGGCAUUAAAAUGGAGACGAUCAAGAGAGAAAGACUGAAGACAUUGAGAGACCCUUGCCCAUGGGUCAGCUCAGCACCACAACUGCCACAGGGCCAUUGCAACAGCACAAAGCUGCCCCCCAUACCUGUGGUUGGUUCCCUGAUGGAGCACUCUAACCUGACAAGUAAUCUGAGCAAUUCACACCCUGGCCAACGCUCGGGAGAACAGUCUUUGUGUGAAGUGACUCUGCUGAACCAGCUGAAUGAUCGCCGCAACAGCACCACCAGCACCCUCAGCUCAGCCUAUACCAUGAGUCGGCGCUCCUCUGGCAUUUCACCCUGCUAUUCCAGCCGUCGCUCCAGCGAGGCGUCACAAUUUGGGGCUAACCGUCACAACAAUAUCAGUUCAGCUGACUCCUAUGACCCGAUUUCUACUGAUUUGUCCCGCCGCUCCAGUGAGGCUAGCCAGUGUGGAGGUGGUGGUGUCGGUGGAGUAGGAGGUGGAAAUCUCCCAAGCCUUCUCAGUCUCACCCCAGCUCAGCAUUAUCGGCUAAAGGCAAAAUAUGCCGCUGCCAUUGGUGGCGCUCCACCGACGCCUCUACCUAAUAUGGAACGAAUGAGCCUUAGGACCCGCAUGACACUCUAUGGUGACUCUCAGGAAUGUCCACUGCACCAGUACCACCAGCCUCCCUCUGGAACUGUUCCCCGGCGAUGCAGUGAUAUUGGAUAUGGCAACCAUAGCAUGAUGCCCCAUGAGGUACCUGCCAACCUUCCACGCCGAGCCAGUGACCCAGUGUGUCGUCCCACCGUUGACCCUCUGGCCUUUCCGGCCGUCCAGCGGUAUAACAGUAUGAACAGCAUGAAUAGUUCCUCAGAACGUCACCAAGCAUUGGCUAUGCAGGGUUACACUCGCUCGGAUGGCAACCUGCAACGCUACCCAUUUGCGCCCAGACCCCCAAGCAUUUCAGAAAAUGUAGUUAUGGAGAACAUGACAGUAGAUGGGAUGGUGACUGGGGGCGAACAGGGUGUGGAGGACGAUAUAGUUCUUCCUGACGACAUGGUGCAAUACCUGAGGUCCCAAAACCCUGCAACUCAAGGUCACAACUUGGGGCAAGGGAACUACAAAUUCAAUAACCAGUCUCAGGGUUAUCAGAUAGGCAUUGUCCCACCAGCAUCAGUUUAUUCCCAGAGAAGGGUGGCCAUGACUGAGCCCUCAAUGACGCAGUCUGGUCAGGAUAUGGAUCACAGUGGCUCCCAACAGCUCCUUUCAGCAUCACCACACGUAAAUAAGAAUAAUAUGCCAGUGCAGUGGAAUGAAGUGAGUUCAGGGACAGUGGACACUGUAACCAGGCUCUCUAAACAACAGCAACACCCUGUCAGGGGAAACCUAGCCCUUGUUCCACAGAGGCACAAUUUUAGUUCCUUCCAGGCACAAGGUCAGAACCUUGGCAGCAACCAGCAGGUAGUGCCAAUGAGCCAGAACAUGUUUAUGCAGGGCUAUGCAAACCACAGCAGCAGGAGGUUGAAUAAUCCACAGCAAAGGCAGUGCAACAAUUCGAACUUGAGUGAAGAAAGUACCCUACAAGGAUUCUGUCAAGAUUCAAUGAGCAAUAACGUGAGACCCUCUCGAAAUGCUGUGGUGGCUCAGGAACUGCAAAGUUACAGAGGAAGAACACAGCCUGUUGUGUAUUCUAACGUGAACCACGUGGCUCAGCAGCAACAGCAGCAUAUUGGGUCUCAACAGAACAAUAUCCAUAAUGGCAACAUAGGAAUAUUACAACCAAGACCUCCAUUAGACCCCAAACAUAAUGGCAGACAGCAUACUGGGUCUGGCAUGCCUCAGUUGAACCGAGUGCCCAGGUUAGUUGAUGUGAGCCCCAGCCUGCGUAAUGACACCUCAGAGGCAAGUCCAAAAAGGCCCAGUGGGUCGGGAACCCAACAAAACAACUCUGCAGUGAAUCCCAACUCUGCUGUAUUCUACACCAGACAGAUUCAUAUGUUUGAGCAAACUCCUGCCACUUUGGAUGCUCCAGUGUCCCCCAGUGUAAACCCGACUCCUGCCAAUCACAAUCUAGCAGCAAGCAACAUGGCCUCACCAGGGGUCAAUCAGGUCUCCAGCAGUACCGUGGAUUCUUCCACAGGUGGAAUUGGUUGUACAGAACACACCCAAAUAGAUUUUGACUCCAUGUUAGAUGAUGGGGAUCACUCCAGCCUGAUGUCAGGCACUUUGAGUCCCGGUCUUCUGCAGAGCCUCUCCCAGAAUUCAUCUCGUCUCACCACCCCUCGCAACUCUGUUACCCUUGCAUCUGUACCGGCAGGGAUUGGCAACAUGGCCAUUGGUGAUAUGAGCUCGAUGCUAACAGCCUUGGCUGAAGAAAGUAAGUUCCUCAACAUGAUGAGUUAAACAUAAAUUGAGCAAAAACAGCUUGAGCCAUUCGCCCUCAACAAUUGAUACAUCGGGAAUAUAUGGACAUGAAAAAGCACUGAAUGGACAGUAACAAAGUGGCCAUUUUUGGUUGGGUUUUUUUGUCAUUGUCUGAUGGAUUGUCUAAUUGUCUUGUGAUAUUUGCAUCAGACAUAAAAGUGUAUAGGAUACUCUAAGAGUUCGUAGAUAGAAGUAAGGACUGAUCCCCUGCUGAUUUUAAGUUUACCUCCUUACAAAUACAUCAACAGUCCAUUUUAUACAAGGUUUAUCUUAAUACAGACAGAAUAUUCAAAAUAAUACAUUGCACAAAUGCAUACAUUUGUACUUGAGUGAAAUAUGUAUUUCAUCAGCAAGAAUUCUGACCCGAGCAGACCGUUUAUGUGUCCAUGAAACACACAAAUUAGUCCUGUGUCUUCAGCAAGAAGAAUGGUGGGAAGAAAAAAAGACCACUGGACCAUUGGUGCGAUCAUUCGAAAUUGGAGGAAAUGGAAGAUAACGUCGCCCAAUAAGCCCCAAUAAGACCAUCCCUACUGUCAAACGUGGAGGUGGAAUCAUUCUGCUUUGGGGUUGUUUCUCUGACCGAAAUGCUUCCUGAGAUGUGGCGACCCUGGUGACCAACUACCAGAAGCAUCCUCUGUUCUUGCCAACGAGGGUUUCUCCACCAGUACUAAGCAAUGUUUUGUAUUGCGAUCAAAUACUUAUUCAUAACCUUUAUUUUUUUCUGCAUGUUUUCUUCUCUCUCUGUUAAAAUAAAGCUACCAGAAAAUGGACUGUUCAUGCAUUUGUAAUGGGGUAAUGGAUCAAAUACAUCAUUUCCCCACUGUAUAUAAAGUAUAUGUACUGUACACUGUACUGUAGCUCACGGUGCACUGAACACAUUUCACAUAGUGCCUUGCAGAGAACAUCAAGGUCAAGCAUGUAAUUACUGCUACUGCAGCAGGCUAUGUUUUUGGAUGAUACUGUAUGGUACUUGCUUUAAGUUAAGCUAUAGGCUUUUGAUCUAGGGCUACCAAAUGUGUUUUGAUGAGUUAUGCAUACAUUUGUCGUCAUCAAGCUAAAUGCUAACCAGUUUCUUUGACAACCAAUCGACAUACAGGACAUGAGGUACAGAAUGUUCAAAAAUACGAUAGUCCGAGGCUUGGUUGCACAGCAUUAUGUUCUACAGAUGUGCUUUUUGAUCAUGGUCUGACCUCUUGAGGAUGCCCCUCUGGAUCCGAGGCAUGAACUUUCCCUGGUGUCAAACCUCAAGGGUAAAUAAUUGAAAAGGACAAGGGUAUGCCUUGGUCUAUCAAGGCACAUGGACCCCUGUGUGUGAUGGGGAACGUUCUCUUAAAGAAUUUACAAGUACCUCUGUGUGUUCUUAAUGGGAGCCAACUCUAAUUAACACAUUCAUAACAUCACCCCCACCACCUUUUUGCUGCAACCAUACCUCCCUUGGGCUUUGGAUGAACUGCAGAAUCCAGGAAGGGACAGACUUUGAUAUUCAAAAAUCCAGUUUUGGCAAACUAGCCAAGCAAAUUCCUUGGUUUAAUUACGUGCUGUGUAUUUCUAAGUAGCUUUUGUAUAGGGGUGUAACGGUAUUUCAUAAUCACGGUUCGGUACGUACGUACCUCGGUUUUAUUUUGGGUACAGUAAGGGAACAAAAUGCAAAACAAAACUGCUUUUGUGAUUUAUUGUAGCUUUAAUGAUUCUACAAAUGAGACAUAAAAACUGCAAACUAGCAGUUCAUUCUCUUAUAAACAAAAUUCUAUAAAAAAAAUAAAAUUAUAAACAUUUUAAAAGUCUGAAAUGCUAUAAAUAGUUUACAAGGUUACGUUCAAGCUUUGGCUUCUCCUUGGCACGAUCACUAGCCAUGACCCCCGCCAGCCAAUGGCUGGGCUGCACUGUAUUUGUUUACCGAGUAGACGCGUGACGCCAUGGACGUUUCCUGUCUCUCGUUUAAUGUGGACCGUGUGGGAAAUCGGUACGGUUCUGUACUAUACUGAAUGUUUUGUACCGAAACAUCGGAUUAGGAAUAUUAUACCUUUACACCCCUACUUUUUAUGUCUUUUGUUUGUGUAUGCUCCUAUAAACUUUUACAAAGUGUGUUUGGGUUUGUGUAUAUAACUUUUGUACAUUUCAAAUAAAAUAUGUCCUUUUUUCGGUUUUAAA